CACUAGUGUAGGUAACAGUGCGGUAAAGUUACACUGGCAACCGGCUUGAGGUGUGUGUGGGUGUGUGUGAGAGAGAGAGAGAACGCAAACGCAGCACGCCUUUAAGUCAGCACGUCCUGCAAACCUACAGCAGGAUCCUACCCACCGCUAGCUAAGUUAUAUAGCCACAAUGCUUUCCAUCACAGCCACUGUCAUUAAACGCACCCGUGUCCUCCAGCGCGUCAGGCUGCUACACACUUCUGCCACAGCCAAAAUGCCCAUUCAGGUUGGCGAACAGCUCCCCGCAGUGGAGGUCCAGGAGGGGGAGCCAGGAAAUAAGGUGUCCAUGGAUCAGCUCUUCAAGGGGAAGAAGGGAGUCCUCUUCGCUGUACCUGGAGCCUUUACCCCGGGAUGUUCCAAGACGCACCUCCCAGGUUUUGUGCAGCAGGCUGAGGACUUGAGGGGUAAAGGUAUCCAGGAGGUUGCUUGCAUUUCUGUCAAUGACGCGUUUGUCAUGGCUGCCUGGGGAAAGGAGCACGGAACAGAUGGCAAGGUUCGAAUGCUGGCUGAUCCAACUGGCGCUUUCACAAAGGCAGUGGACCUGCUGCUUGACAGUGAUCAGAUUGUGCAGGUACUUGGGAACAAGCGAUCCAAGAGAUAUUCUAUGCUGGUGGAAGAUGGAGUUGUUAAGAAGAUCAAUGUGGAGCCUGAUGGCACUGGGCUGACCUGCAGCCUGGCUCCUAACAUUCUGUCUGAGCUGUAGGCUCAUUCAGAGUGUAUUAACCCAAAAUACAAGCACUCCUUUUCCUGUAAAAGUUGCACUAUCACAGCCCAAUACCAACCUGUAACAGCCCUCUCCUUUUUCCCAAACACGGAUGCAAAAACCACAUGGAUGCUAGUGUCGAAAACAGAGCUUGAAAGUAAUUAAUGCGCACAAAUACAGCAUGAAUGGCAGUCCAAAGGAAAAAGUGUUAUCCUCUGUAUACUGAUACUUGUGAGUUAAUAAAAGUCACCUUGAAAGCAAUAA